CACCUGACUGUGAAUGGAAGCUUGGCCUUCGGCGGUCCCGAGCUCCCCUGGGAUUGCGAGCGGGCCCAGGGCCCCGGCGUCUGCGAUGGCCAAGCUGCAGGGGCUGCAGGCCGACUGCGUGUUCCGGGGCGUCGAGCACGUUGUCCGGCUGACCGUGGAAGGAAACCUCCUGGAAGUCGAGGUGGAGGACCGGCUCACUACGGACCAGUGGCGUGGCGAGUUUGACGCUGCGUUCAUCGAAGAUCUCACGCACAAGACGGGGAAUUUCAAGCAGUUUGGGAUCUUCUGCAGCAUGCUGGAGUCUGCCCUGGCCCAGAGCAGCGAGUCGGUCACGCUGGACCUCCUCACCUAUGCCGACCUGGAGUCGCUGAGGAGCAGGAAGAUGGGUGUGGGCUUCCGGCACCUGUCUGCCCCCAAGAGCUCCCCGCUGAAUGCCAAGCGCUACCUCAUCCUGAUCUAUUCGGUGGAGUUUGACAGGAUCCACUACCCGCUCCCGCUGCCCUACGUGGGGAAGCCCGAUCCCAUCGUCCUGCAGAAGGUGAUCCGGGAGCUGAAGGAGGAGCUGGCGACCUUGAAGGGCAAACCUGGCAGGGUCUCCCAGGACAUGGAGAUCCGCCAGCUCCGGGAGGAGCUGCAGCGUGCCUUGGAGGAGAAGCAGGAGGCCCGCCUGGCCCUGCGGGGCCUGGAGGAGGAGCGGAAGCUGGCGAGCAAGAGCGCGGCCCUCAAGGAAGUGCAGGUCCUGAAGAAGCUGGUGCAGAGCCUGGAGGAGGAGCUGGCCAAGGAGCGGGCGAAGCACCAGCGGCUGGCCAGCAAGCGCCUGCAGGAGAACCGGCAGCUGGCCGGCGAGCUGGCAGAGCUGAAAGCGACUGAGAGGACCCUCCGGAUCCGGCUGAAGAACCUGACCUCCGAGCUGGCUCUGUUCAAGAAAGGGUGCUUCACCCCCGUCGGGACGUCUCCGCAGAACCAUUCCGCCGCCUCCCACGAGCUUCCCCACCCCACUCUGGCCCGAACCGGCCCCAGGAAGAGGGACAGCCACCGCCCCACCUCUGGGGAGCGCUCGAACUCGCGGGAGCGCAGCGGGGCCUGGGGGCCCAGCCGGCCACGGUCCACCUCGCGGGAGGGGUGCAGCGGGAGCCAGGGCCGCCUCCCCCGACAGUCCCCGUCUCCUACAGGUGCCCGGGCUCCGCGCUUCGACCCCACAGCGUUUGUCAAGGCCAAGGAGCGCAAGCAGAAGGAGGCCGAGCAGAGAAACAAGCGAGGCCUCCGACGGGGCGUGGGGGACACCCUGCCCAGCAGCUGGCAGCACCGGGCCCAGUCCAGGGGCCCCUCAGCCUUCGGGAAAGCGCAGGGCAGGAGCUCUUCAGUGGAGAGCUUCCGUAGCAGGCGCUCAUCUGCGAGCUCAGGGAGCGAGAUGGACGACUUCUCCGAACCGGGUGCCUCAAGGGGCAGGCGGCGAGGCGCGCGGGGCAGGAAACCCUUGAGCUCCUCUUCCUGGAACGGCCCCACGCUGGUUCCCAGGGCAAAUGGCGGCCGCCGGAAGCACCUGGCCAGCACUCCCACAGCCGGCAAGCGAGUGGACAAAGCAGAGAAUCUGUACGACGAACCGUCAGCCGACCUCUCCGAGAUCGAUGCUCGGCUCCAGGCACUGCAGGAGUACAUGAAUAAACUCGAGACGAGGACGUAGGCCCUGCUUUAGGGGCCGCUGGGGUGACGGCGUGACGCUGGGACGGGGCCGCUGCUCGACUGCGUCUUCCCGAGAACGGGCCCACACGUCCAGGCCUCUGCCCCCAGUGCGGGAGAGCUGGAGUAUUCCAGGAGCGUGGGACCCCGAGUGUCUUCCUGCUCCGACGCGCAGCUGCAGGGGCUUGACGUGGGUGCCCCCUUGAAGGGAACAGGAGGCGGGAGGUGUCCCAAGAGCCAUCCUCACUGCCUGGUGCUCUUGUCCUUGUGUAAAUAAACCUGUUUUCUAACUUAA